GACCAAAAGAAAUUUUCAAGUUGGGUUGUUGACGAGGCUCUGACACACCACACAAACACGUCACAAUCCAUUCUUUUUGUUCUUUUUAAUUUAUUUUGGCAUCUGAUUUUUAUGAUCGGAGCAUCCAACAAUUUCACUUAUACUUUGCACAAUUUCGUUUGAUAAUCGGCGAUCAUCGACAGCUAAAUGUUAUCACAACCAGAUUCUACUGAAUCAUUACCACUUGCGACGCCGGAAUCCGCCAUCGGUGAACCACCACCGCCGUCAUCCUCCUCCGAAGACCUCUUCUCAUCCGCUUCCCUCGCAUGUGCCUCUGGCUCUGCCUCCUCCCCAUCCUUAUCCGACGACAACCAAAAACCCUCUCCCUCCCCUGUUCCUUCUCAAAAUCGUCCUCAGAUCCCCAUUACAUGGCCGUCUGGUGGUGCUCUAACCCUAGAUUGGGUCACAAACCUCAUGUCAACCUUCGAUUGGGCAUCCAAGAACCUCAGGCCGUCGGAACUCCCUACCGUGCUGCCUGUGGAAGUUUUCGAUGCUCUCGUGCUCACCGCGUCGAAGAUCUUACAUAAAGAGCCGAAUUGGGUUCCGAUUGAACCUGGUAGUGAUGGUGUGGUGGGAUCGAGUGUGGUCGUUGUAGGAGAUGUGCAUGGGCAGUUGCAUGAUGUGUUAUUUUUGCUGAAAGAUGCUGGGCUUCCAUCUGAAAAUAGGUUCUUUGUGUUUAAUGGCGAUUAUGUUGACAGAGGAGCUUGGGGUCUUGAAACUUUUCUUCUUUUGCUAGCUUGGAAAGUGUUUAUCCCACAAAGAGUCUUCCUACUUCGUGGGAAUCAUGAAUCCAAAUACUGCACCUCAGUUUAUGGAUUUGAAAAGGAAGUUCUUGCCAAAUAUGCAGGACAAGUUUACACAGCACAUGGAGGGGUUUUUCGUAAUAUUCCCCCUUCCCCAUCAAAAAGAUCCAAAGGAAAGAAGAACAGAAAAGUCACACUGAAUCCAGACUCACUUCCCUUAUCUCUUGGCUCAUUAGAUGAAUUACUGAAAGCCAGAAGAUCUGUUCUUGAUCCUCCAUGGGAAGGCCAUAACUUGAUUCCUGGAGAUGUUUUAUGGUCUGAUCCUUCAAUGAAACUAGGCUUAUCUCCAAAUAAAGAAAGAGGUAUUGGCCUUUUGUGGGGCCCAGACUACACACAAGAAUUCUUAAAGAAAAACAAUCUUAAGUUAAUUAUUAGAUCUCAUGAAGGACCUGAUGCAAGGGAAAAAAGACCUGGUCUUGGAGGAAUGGAUGAAGGGUAUACAAUUGAUCAUGUUGUUGAAUCUGGGAAACUCAUUACUGUCUUUAGUGCUCCAGAUUAUCCACAGUUUCAGGCAGCAGAGGAGAGGUACAAAAACAAAGGGGCAUACAUUGUCUUGGAAUCCCCUAAUUUUGAUACCCCAAUCUUUCAUAGUUUUGAAGCCAUAACACCAAGACCUAAGGUGAACCCGUACUAUGACUUUGAGGAUGUGAUUGAUUCAGAUGAAGAGUUAGAUCUAACGAUGAUGGUGGAGGCUUCUUGAAUGUUAUAAUUAUUUCUCUCAUGAUUGAUUUAUUAUUAUAACUUGUUUUGUGUAUGUGUUUUAUAUUUUGCAAUUUGCAUAGUCUUUUGGUAUAGGAGGUUAAGUGUUAAUGAACUGCCUUGCAAAUUAUAUCAAAUGUAGAUUAUAUGUAUACAUUGAGGCAGUUUUAUUUCAUUUUCCAGAUCAACAAUGGUGUAAACUGUAAAGGUCUGUGUUUUUUUUUUGCUUCAAUGAGAUAUAUAUUAUAUUUUUUAACAAA